UUAAAGAGUAAAUAUAACUAAUGGCAAAAAUAGUUCCUUCAACAAUCAGGCACAAUUUACAGUCCUCGGUAGCAUUCUUGGUUACAGUAUUUGUCAUUGCUGUCAUCUAUUUCGCCUGCAGAAAUGGAUAUGAUACUAGUACUAGUAAAUGGAGUGCUGAUCAAAAUUACUCGUCAGAAAGCUGUGAUUUGUUUUCUGGGAAAUGGGUAUUUGACAAUGAGUCCUACCCUCUAUACAGCUUCAAUAACUCCUUGAUCACACUGAAAGCUGAAGAAUAUAAUGCUUCUAUUGAGUUCUAUUGGUCACCAUUGCUAGUGGAAUCAAACUCUGACGAUCCCUGGAACCAUCGCUUUCCAGACCCGAUUGUAAGAGCACAAGCCAUUUACAAGCAUGGUAGGCACUGGACUGAUGGAGAUAUCCUCGUCUUCAAUACCUAUCUCUGGUGGAUAAGGCCUUCUAGUUCUAUGAACACGUUGUGGGGUUCAUUCGAAAGUGGGAAUGGAAUAUUCAAAAGAGUAGGGAUGUUACGCAGCUAUGAGAUGGCCUUGAAGACAUGGUCAGAUUGGCUAGAAAUCCAUAUUGACCGUAACAAGUCACAGUUAUUUUUCAUGAGCAUGUCUCCAACUCAUAAAUGGGCCGAAGAAUGGGGAAAGAGUAGCAAUGGAAAUUGCUAUAAUGAACAAGAAAUGAUUGAAGAAGAAGGAUACAGAGGAAAUGGAACAGACCCCAGAAUGAUGAGAAUUGUGGAAGAUACCAUAGAUGAGUUGAAGAGGAGAGGUCUGCAAGUGAAAUUGAUGAACAUAACUCAACUUUCAGAGUACAGAAAAGAUGGUCACCCAUCAAUUUACAGGAAGCAAUGGCUGGCUUUAAGUGAAGAAAAGUUGGCGAAGCCAACUAGUUAUUCGGAUUGUACACAUUGGUGUCUUCCAGGGGUUCCAGAUGUUUGGAAUGAACUCCUAUUUGCUCACAUUUUCUCAUGACAUUCGAGACAAGUAAUUCUAAUUAAAUUUGACAAAAGGAUCGUGUUUUUUGUAAUACUUGAUUGUUUACAUUAGUUUUUAAGCAGGAGUGCAUUCUUUAAUGCAUCUUAAAUUACGUAUAAAAAGUCAAAAUGACAUGUAAAAGGGGACGGAGAGAGUAUAAUAUAUUUAA